AUGCGUGGACAUACAGGUGCUGUACUCACGCUCGACUUUGCACCAGAUUUGGGGCCCGAAGGUCUGCUCUUUUCUGGUUCAGCUGAUCGAUCCAUCAAGACCUGGGAUCCGUGGGGUGUCAACGAUACUCCUCUGCCUACUAGAAGCGGGUACUCCUGCGUACAAACUCUCACGGAGCAUUGCGGUAGCGUCGUUUGUGUGCGAAUCCUAACCCAGCAAAACCAUGGUCUCGUCAGCUGUAGCUUGGAUCGAACAGUAAAAACAUGGUACCCAGCGGAAGGACGAGCUUUGCUGCUUUACCCAUGGUUUCUACCAGCUCAAUCAAUCACACAGCCAGGAAGUAGCUGGCCCUCGGCGCUUUGUGUUCGCUCUGGUACACUUUUUGUCGGGGAUUCAGCUGGUGGCAUCUCUGUGUACGCACAGUCGUCUGGCCACGAGAACGCUAUAGUACCAGAAUCCGCGCUAGAUAUUGCAGACGUCAAGCAAUUGGAAGAUUCAAUUGACACCAAAUUCCAGUUUGGUUUGAGGCGAAAGUUUUCACACUUCCACUCACUUGGGAUUUCGAGACUUGAAUUGAUCGCUGACAAUUGUUUCGUUGUAUCGCUCGGAUAUGACGAAAAGGCCCAGGUCAUCGACGCCAUAUCUGGUGCGCUCUCGUCAACAAUCUGUAGUGCUAGCGCUGCGCGGUUUAUCUCGUGCGCAUGGGAUGAACGAGACCAUAUCUUAUUUCUCGGAGAUGUGGCAGGUUAUGUCCACCUGUGGAAUAUAUUUGAAGACAAGCUGGUUGGUAAAAAGCAAAUGGUUUCAACAAUGCCGUUGGCCAUUGUGGGGAUGUAUUCGUUGUCCGGUACCCCGACAGGCGAUUUCUUACUUACCGGGCUGGCAAAUGGUGUGAAGCAGUGGCUUUGCAACCGCAACGUUGGGUAUGUAAAUUAUAGUGGUCACUCUGACGCAGUUGUCGCUGUUGUUGUGAUCGAUAACGACAUCAGUUCCUUUGCUGACGAGGAAGAUGACCCAGCUGAACGAAUGAGUGAGUUACCAGCAUUUACUUCUGCCGAAUCAGCAAAAACUUGUCAAUUUUUUAGUACUUCACUGGACGGAUCAAUUCGCUGCUGGGAUUCGUACGAAAUGAAGGAGUCAUUUGAAUUCGAGGAGAAAGAUUCAGAAAUCACCUGCAUGAUUGCAUCUAAGCAAUUCCACAAGCUUUUUACUGGACACGAUGGUGGAUUUGUCAAAGUCUGGAGCAUUCACGCGGGUGAAAUGUCAACGUUGUUACUGGAAGGAAAUGGCCCAGUCACGUGUUUAGCAGCGGGGAUUGUUCGAGAUCAGGAAGUAUUGCUGGCAGGAAGUGCAGAUGGGCUGGUUUCUGUGUGGGAAGUAAAUCACGAUAGCAUUCCGCGAGGAGUACCGUUCCAGCCGUCAUUUCUGUCUGAGAAACAGGGAGAAGUCACCUCAUUGAUCUUUUGCAAGGGUAGUUUCCUCGCUCAAGAAGGACAGGAAUUUUUCGUGGUCGGCUACUUUACAGGCCAGAUUGUAAUCUGGAGCUUCGCAAAGAAGGCUGCUAAACCUACGAGCUUGGUGUGCUGCGUCCGCCAUCUUCACCCUCAUCAUCUGGCUCUGGAUCCCCCAUCGUGUGCCUGGACGUGGUGCCAUAUCGAGGGCUUGUACUCAGCGCUGCAGCGGAUGGAACGCUGA